CAUCCGUGACACGUGGUCCCAGAGUUACAGGUGGGUCCCACGCCUGACGGACAGUGCUACUACUUCCUGCUCGCGGCGACGCCGCCGGCGAUCAGAUCCAGUGCUUCUCGUACGUAGCGGCGUCGCGCGGCGGUCAUGUGGUCGACCGCGGCGUCGUGGUGGGCCCACCACCACAUACGCCUCCUUCUCCCGGCCCUCUUCCUCGCCGCCGCCCUCUUCUUCUUCCUCGCCUCCCCGCGCUCCUCCCCAUCCUUCUUCGCCCUACCAGCCUCUAGGGAGCAUUCGCCGUCGGGGUCGCGGGUCAUAUGGGCGCAGCGGCGGGUGGCGGAGUGGCGGCCGUGCGGCUGGUGGCAGACGGCAAUGCCCGCAGCUCCGUCGACGAGGAAUGGCUACAUCAGGAUCGAUUGCUUCGGCGGGCUCAAUCAGCUGCGGCGCGAUCUGUGCGAUGGAAUUGCGGUUGCACGUCUUCUGAACGCAACAAUGGUUCUGCCCAAGUUUGAGGUUGCUGCAUACUGGAACGAGUCUAGUGGUUUUGCAGACGUGUUUGAUGUUGAUCACUUCAUUGAGCAAACUAGAGGUUAUGUGGAGGUGGUCAAGGAUAUGCCCGAGGAGAUAUCGUUGAAAGAGCCAUUUAAGGUCGAUUGCCGAAAACGGAAAGGAAAUUUUGAUUAUGUAGAAACAGUUCUUCCAGCUCUUUUAGAACAUCGAUAUAUUUCUCUAACACCUGCCAUGAGCCAAAGAAAAGAUAGAUAUCCAUCACAUGCGAAAGCUUGUUACUGCCAAGGUUGCUACAAUGCACUCCAGUUGAACAAGAAGGUAGAAGCCAAAGCUAUGAAGCUUCUCCAAGCAAUACCAAAACCUUUCUUAUCACUUCACCUUAGAUUUGAACCAGAUAUGGUUGCCUACAGUCGAUGUGAAUACAGUGCCCUUUCUUCCAAAUCACUGGAUGCGAUUGAAGCUGCACGUGGGGAGGACAGGAAUGUAUUGAUUGGUGAUGCUGCUCAUCUGUGGAGGAACCGUGGAAAGUGCCCUCUAACACCAAGUGAAACAGCAUUUAUCCUCCAAGCACUAGGUAUUCCUACAGAGACAAACAUUUAUUUAGCUGCUGGGGAUGGGCUAAUGGAACUCGAGGGCUUCACUUCGAUCUACAAAAAUAUGUAUACUAAAUCGUCUCUCCUGACUCAUGAGGAUUUUGAGAGGAUGCAUGGCAACACAAAAGCUGCUCUCGACUACUAUGUUUCAGUCAACAGCGAUGCUUAUGUUGCCACGUUCUUUGGAAAUAUGGAUAAGAUGGUAACUGCAAUGAGAACAAUGCAAGGGCUACAGAAGACAUUGGUCUUGAGUAGGAGGGCCUUCGCAAACUACACGGCUGCUGGACUGGCAGGAGACCAACUAGCUAAGGCCAUGUGGGAUGCUCAUCGAGAGGAUUAUAUUCUGGGGAGGGGAUUAGCUCUCCCUGAACAUUGCUUCUGUGAGUUCAAGUUGUAGCACAACUGCACAAGUGAGCCCAUAUAACACAAGGACCAAUCUACACAGCCACCUUCUUAUCGGUAGCGACUAAUAGAUCGCAUUGUGGCUGAGUUGCUACUGCAGUGGGCAUAAUGUAAUGCCCUUCAGAAGAAACCGUUCUUCAUCAGAGUCGCAAGCUGCACAUCCUCUUGAUUCAGAGAGCAAUUAUCACUCAUACAACAAUGCAUCAUGGCCUCUUCUGGAUACUGUUUUCGGUGAGUUCAGAUAGUAGCUCAGACAUGUACACGCACACUUACUACCUAGCGAAUCAUUCUGGCAUUUCCUUUUGCAACUGGAAAUAUGCCCAGGCCCAAACUCAACAUUUGAGGGGUAUAGAUAGGUUGAAAACUUUGUUCUUAGAUAACUAACAAGCAGGAAAUUUUUUGGGGGGAUAUAUGUAUAAUUUUUGAAUUUUGCAUUGCUCAGAAACUAGCUACUGAUCUACUGUCAGGUGGUGUAAUGGCCUGUGAUUAAUCUGAUCCAUCACUGGGAAAUACACCACAUUUACAUA